AAGCACACGCAAAGCCGGGCUCACAUUUUCAUUUCACAUCGAAUCGAUCCAACAUUUCUUUUUCCUUCAAAGUUUCUCAAAAAGUUUACAAUUUUUUCAUAAAAUUUCGAAAACUUUGUCUUUCUAAACAAUGGCGGCGAGCGGUGUUGCACUUCCGGAAGUGAAGGAGGUCGCGUUUCUCGAAAGAAUCGGGGCGCACUCACACAUUCGUGGUUUGGGACUUGACGACUCGCUCGAAGCGCGACAGAGUUCGCAAGGGAUGGUGGGUCAAGUCGCGGCUCGUCGCGCGGCCGGGGUAGUGCUUGAAAUGAUAAAAGAUGGGAAAAUUGCUGGUCGCGCUAUGCUCCUCGCCGGAUCGCCAGGAACGGGCAAGACGGCGAUUGCGAUGGCCAUGUCGCGGGCGCUGAGUACGGACUCCCCCUUCACGAAUAUGAGUGCGAGUGAAAUUUACUCGCUGGAAAUGAGCAAGACGGAAGCGCUGACUCAAUCUAUCAGGAAAUCGAUCGGAGUUCGGAUCAAGGAAGAGACUGAAAUCAUUGAGGGUGAAGUUGUCGAAAUCAUGGUGGACACUCCAGCCUCCGGAACGGGACAAAAGGUUGGGAAACUCACCUUGAAAACGACCGAGAUGGAGACGGUGUACGAUCUCGGGGGGAAGAUGAUUGAUUCCCUCAUGAAAGAGAAAGUCCAGGCCGGCGAUGUCAUCACGAUUGAUAAGGCUACCGGAAAGAUAACCAAGUUGGGGAGGUCGUUCGCUCGUGCGAGGGAUUAUGAUGCGACGGGGGCUCAAACAAGAUUUGUCCAGUGUCCCGAAGGUGAACUCCAAAAACGAAAGGAAGUCGUCCACACCGUCACUCUGCAUGAAAUUGACGUCAUUAAUUCAAGAACGCAAGGAUUUCUGGCCCUCUUUUCUGGUGACACGGGUGAAAUCAAGACCGAAGUUCGGGACCAGAUUAACACCAAGGUCGCCGAAUGGAGGGAGGAGGGAAAAGCGGAAAUCGCUCCGGGAGUUUUGUUCAUCGAUGAGGCACACAUGCUGGACAUUGAAUGUUUCUCUUUCUUAAACCGAGCCCUUGAAAACGAAAUGUCUCCCAUCAUCAUAAUGGCGACGAAUCGUGGCAUAACUCGGAUUCGUGGGACGAACUACAAAUCUCCGCACGGGAUCCCGAUCGACCUCUUGGAUCGGAUGAUCAUCAUCAAAACCGUUCCAUACGAUGAGAAAGAGUUGAAACAGAUUCUCAAGAUUCGCUCGGAAGAAGAAGACGUCGAAAUUUCGGAUGAUGCGCUCGCCGUUCUUACUCGGAUUGCGGGAGACACAUCGCUCCGAUAUGCGAUCCAGUUGAUCACAACGGCCGGGGUGGUGGCCAGACGAAGAAAGGCGACGGAGGUCGGAAUGGACGACGUCAAGAAAGUGUACUCCCUCUUUUUGGACGAAAACAGAUCAAUGCAGUACCUCAAGGAGCACCAGAGCGAGUACAUGUUCAGCGAAAUUGGGGGUGGAGAUGCGCCCCUCGGAUCGAAAUCAGAGCAGAUGGAAAUCUCGUCGUAAUUAUGUCAAGUAUUCUUUUUCAUACGUCUUAUUUCUAUUACUAAAUGUGUAAUUUAAGCCAUUUCAAAACUAAAUAGGCAACAUUUUCAAAACUAAAUAUGGAACAUUUUCAAAAUAGGCAGCAUUUUCUUAUAAUGAAAAUCAAUUUAAAAACUGUUAUCAGCAAAAUUCCCCAAAAUCCCCAGUCUUGUUAUUAUCUUUCCUUUUAUCGUACGAGAAGAAUGUGCGAGAUAAAAUAAAUGUUAUUUUUGAUUUUUUUUAUGUCAACCAAA